AUGCACUGUAAGGUCCAUGCAGUAGAGAGAAAAUGGGAACUUUGCUUCAACAGUUGACUAGUGGCAAUGUUCUGCUCCUCAUUGUUGUUUUGGGAAUUGGAGGAAACUUCCAUCUUGGCUACCACGUAACUGGACUGAGUUCUCCCUCACCAUACAUCCAGAGCUUCAUCAACAGCACCUGGUACGACAGAUAUGAAGAGCUUCCAUCUCCACACAUGGUCACAAUGAUCUGGUCUCUUGUCGUCUCCAUGCUUUCUUUCGGGGGAGUCUUUGGUGCUUUUAGUGUCAAAUUUAUUACAAGCAGGCUGGGAAGAAAAAAGGCGAUGAUCUGCAACAACUUUAUUGCCAUGAUUGCAGCAGGGAUCAUGCUGACAAGUAAAUGGGCCAAAUCAUUUGAAAUGAUUAUUAUGGCAAGGAUCCUGUACGGCUACUCAGCAGGUUUGGGAGCGAGCCUCCAUUUAAUGUAUCUCAUGGAGAUUUCACCCAGAAAGAUAAGAGGCAUGGUGACUCUGACCGCAGCGACUUUUGGCUCACUUGGCAAACUGUCUGCACAGUUGUUUGGAUUAAGUGAGGUUCUAGGUCGUGAAGACCAGUGGAACAUUGUCCUCUUUGUCCCUGCAUGUUUCUCAUUGGUUCCGAUAAUGGUGUUGCCUUUUCUUCCUGAGUCUCCCAGAUAUCUUUUCAUAGAGAAAGGUGAUGACAAGGAAUGCAAAAAAGCUCUCCAGAGUCUGUGGGGCCAAGGUGACUACAAACAAGAGAUGGAUGAGAUGCUGAUUGAGCAGGCGGCCAUCGAAGCAGCUCCACCUAAAAACCCUCUGCAGCUGCUAAGGGACAGAACUGUCCGAUGGCAGCUCAUCUCCAUGUCCACCAUCUACUGCUGCAACCAGCUGUCAGGCAUGCCUGUGAUCAGUACCUUUUCUUUUGACAUCUUCCUGAAUGCAGGUAUUCCAAAAGAUAAGAUCCGUUACAUGACUGUUGGUCUUGGAAUAGCUGAAAUCAUCACCUCCAUCUCCAGUAGUCUUCUGAUUGAGCACAUAGGAAGGAGGCCGUUGUUUUUUGGGGGUUACGGCACCAUGUCUGUCAUCUGGGUGUUGGUCACUGUCACACUCAACCUGAAGGAUCCAAGCUACUGGGUUCCAUACAUCACUGCUGCUUUGAUCACUCUCUUCAUCAUCUCCUUUGGUGGAGGACCUGGAGCAGCUACCGGUACGCUCAACACUGAGCUCUUCGUCCAGUCUGACCGACCGGCAGCAUUUGUCCUUGUAAUGAUGCUGCGCUGGUCUACAGCAAUAAUACAGGGCCUAACCUUUCCAUUCCUUAUUACUGCUCUCACCACAUACAGCUUUACCCUGUUCGCCUGUGUGUGCCUGCUGGGUUCUCUUUACGCCUUCUUCAUUCUGCCUGAGACGAAAGGAAAGACCCUACUGGAAAUCUCAGAGGAGUUUAAAGCUAUUACUGUCUGUGGGAAAUCCUUCUUAGAGAAGAAGACAACAGAGACCGAGUUAUGAGACACACUGUUGUAAAUAACAUGAGAAGAACGGUUUAAUUGAAUCUGGAAAACGCACAACAAAUGAGAGAUCACAUAAUAAUGAAUUGUAGUACAUCAUCCACCAUUGAACCUGUUUCAUUUGUCAUACCAUUUUAUCAGGAUUUUGUUAUUUCUGUUCCAUUUCUGCCAUUCUUAGUACAUUGUUGUUCCAUAGCGGAUUAUUUUUCAGUUAACACAUAAAAACUAAAUAAACAGAUAAUACUAACUAGAAAAU